AUGUCCAAGUGUCCCUACUAUGCGGACUCGCAGGCGACGGACAUUCUCCGUGCCCAAGGUUCUCAGGUAUCUUUGCCGCCGCCAAAUUCCCAGCGAUUACCUCCUCCGUCAACUCUCCCAGGUUUUAUGGCGCCGUCCUUGCAGAUGCACCCUUCUAGUUCUCAGGUACCGCCUCCCCAUAUCACACCUAUGUCUCGAGGGCCCUUCGACCGUUCUGCUCCAGUGCUACAGUCGGGGAACUUCAACUACGGAGGAUUUCCCUCGAUGUUUUCCAACGCCACACCUUCAUCGUCAAGUUUCCCUGGAGUCGCCCCUGCUUCCCAAAACGGCUAUUACCAAUCGCAGUACAACAAUAGCGCCAAAGGACCCCUUUGCUUCAUUGUUCCUGUUGUACUAUUCUUUGACGUCACAUCGCUGAUCAUUCUCGGCUGCGUAGUAUAUUCUAUUCUUUGUUCUAGCGUACUUUUGGCGACGAGCCAAGUGGUAUAUCUUUGUUUGAACAAUGGCGUCGACAACAGCAGCGACGUCAUGAGUAGGCAAAUGAACCCCUAUCGAUGUCGUCAUGACGAGGCGAAUGAACAAACGAUUCUUGACGUCGAUUCUUUUGUUCUCCGAUUUCACCACGACGUCAAGCCUCUCGAAGUUCCCCCUCGCCUCAACAACAACAGCAACAACAACAACAACAACAACAACAUGCCCGCCAACCCGAACGCUGCCGCCAACGCCGUCGCCGCCGCUGCCGCCCCCCCCGUCCCCUAUGCCCUCACCAAGAGGGUGCCUACCGAAGAAGAGGAUGCGCUCGAUGCCCCGACUGAGGCCGACGAACUCCUCCCCGUGAACUUCGACGUCGACCAGAUCAUCGAGCUGGUCGAGGACCUCGAUGAGCCGGCCCUCAAGAUCUUCAACCCUCGUUGCGGUACGGUCAACGACUGGUGGAGGAAAAUUUGCGCCGCUCAAGACAAGUGGCGAGCUGCCGAGGCCGACGAGCGAGGUCAGUUCCCGGCGGCGAAAAUCGGCGACGACUGGAAGGCCAUUCGGGCCACCACGGGCGCCUUUAUCGUCCCUCCAAGCGGUGCGAAGCUCGCCGCCAUCAACUUCGACGCCGAGCUCCACAAGGCGUUGAUCAAAGAAGAGGAGCGCAAGUGGCUCCCUGCGGUCCCCCCGGCGGACUUUAUCGAGUUGAUGGCGCCGAGUCGAACGGGCGGGAUGGACGAACAGGCGGUGAACGGUUGGCUCCAACGAUGGCGUGGCGGCUGGCGCAUCGCCUGCGGCCAUUGCAAGGCCAAAUAUUCGUCGGCGACCGUCCCCCUCCCCGCCUACCAGUUCCAGAACGACGACGCUCGCCAGUAUGUUCUCCCCGCCAACGCUUCCCCGGCCGCCAUCGACGCCAACCCUCUCGCGCUCUGCGUCAAGUACGGGACGCUCGAUAUUUGCCGCUCGACUGUUCCCCUCGUCUCUUCUUCGGCGUUCUCUGCCUGCGGCAGAUGCAAGUCUCUCGGGAAGACCUGCAACGAGGCCGCGGGCGCCACCUUCGACUGGGACAAGGACAUCGACGAGGAUUCGCCAGCGGUGCUCUCCGUCGCCAAAGUUCUUCGGGACUUCGCCUUGGGCCGCAAGCAGCUCGUCGUCGAAAGGAACUCCGCCGCCGCUCACGGUCUCGAGAUUCUUCGCGACGGUGUUUGCCACGGUAACACUGAAGCGAUGGUCGCGGUCGAAGGGGUCGCUCAGCCUCACGAAGGUCAAGACGAGGAGACGACUCGAAUCUUGACGGAGCUAAUCGACGAGGUCAAGAACGCGGGGAAGAAAGGCAAGGGAAAGGCUCGAGCGGCUAACAACUAG